CAUUACCUGUAGAUUCGACCCGUAGAUUGGCUCUGCCUUCCCACAAAGGGAUUUCUUGGAAAAAAUAGGGUCUGACUAAAAUAGUCAUCUUCCCAUCCUAAGUCUGAACCUCUUGAGAGUGUGAAGAGCUGGUGGGGUAGAUCUUGGCCUCGCCCGCGACGCCCUCCUGGAGGAUGCCGGUGAGAGGCAGGGGCCAGGGGCCCGUCUCCCGUCUCUGGCCUCUCUUUAGGCCCUAAGCCCCCAGCCCCUUUCCUUUGUAGGGUCCUGCUGCCUCCCUCGAUGCAGAGCCUCCGAGCGCCCCAGUGUCUCCUCAAGACUCCUGGAGAGGCGGGCUGCAGGGAGAACGCCAGUACGCCAGGUACAUCUUCGCAGAAGUCAUGGUGUGCCUCAUGCUGCCCCGGAGAGCCCUGCCCUGAGCUGUGACCCCGGAGAUGCGCGCCCUGGUUCAGACUACCUGGGUCUGGCGGUGACAUACUUGACCGAGCGGUGCACCUGCCUGAUUCCUACCUGAGCGCCAGUCGCGUGCGCUCAGGUCGCCUGCAGCUUCUGGGCGUGGCCUGCCCGUUUGCGGCGUGCAAAAUGGAAGAGUGCGUUCUUCCCGGGGAAACUGAGGUCUGGAACUUGGGCCGUUCCAGGGCAGGGAGUAGAGAGCCGGGAUCCAAGACUCCUUCACCCCCACCCUGCAAGCCCCAUCUGCAGCCCACCUGCCUCUGCUCCCUGAGCGCGGACUCCUUCCCGCGGGCGGAGCUGCUGCACGCCGAGAGCCGCAUCCCGAGCCGCCCAUUUCCGGCUGCACCACCAGGGCAGCUGCUGGCCGCGCUGGCAGGGAGCAGCUCCCAGGUGAUGCUACUUGCCACCUACUUCCUGCAGCUGUGUUUGCUGGAGGCGGAGGCGGCGGGAUGGGAGCCGGGUCGUCGCGCGGCUUCGGCUCUGAGCCUAGCGCAGCGCUUGCUCGACGGGGCGGGCUCCAGGCUCCAGCCGGAACUUUACAGCUCCGAGGAACUGGGCCCGCUCGAGCUGUGCACCGCCCGCCCUGCGCUCCGAGGUCCCUCGCCGGGACACGCCGCCAUCUUCCUCAGGUACCGCCGCCGUUUUCCUCCAGUACAUGCGGCCUCAGCGCCAGGGCACCAGCCUCGCGGCAGAUCCAAGAGAAGAGAUGGUGGAAUUCCAGAGGCCUGGGCAGAAUUAAGGAGCAAACAAUGGUGACACCCUAAGACUACCAACGGCCGGAAGAUUCACCUCUCGUAAGAAUUCGAGGAGGUUUGGAGAGGCUGUGGCCAAGGAAAGUCCUACAGGGUAAGAUCCACCGCCACGGGGGGGACGCAGAAACUGUACUUCUCACCCUCUGGUCUCUGUGGUGCUUCCACAUUGACUGUGCCCCCAGAAAGCCGGAGGUCAGGGGAGCCCAGGAGAUGCAGUCCCCAGGGGUGAGCCUUCCAGGAUCAGAGAAAGAACGGAGAAUGGACUUGGAGGGGGGCAGGGAUAAAUGAAUAAACAACACACUUUUCCUUUCCCUGGAGGAGCUCGUGAGGAGGCCAUGGUGGAGGCUACUCCACCAUUAGGAGUGGGAGGCAGAGGCCAAUUGUGACUGUGGAGCUCUACUCCAUAGGUACAGGGAGCCCCCCUUAUCCGUGGGUUUGCUUUCCACGGUUUCACUUACAACAACCACAGUUCCAGGAAGAAAUGAUUCGUAUUUGAUAUAUGGUCAGAAGGUCAAUAGCAGUCUAAGGCCACAUCACGAUGUCUGCGUCAUUCGCCUUACUUCAUCUCAUCAUUAGGCAUUUUAUCAUCUCAUGCCUUCAUGAAAAGGGUGAGUGCAGAGCAAGAAGGUAUCUUGAGAGAGAGAGAGAGGAGAGAUGCCACAUUCACACAACCCUUAUUAUAGUAUAUUUUAUAAUUGUUCAAUUGUACUUUUAGUUAUUGUGGUUAAUCUCUUAAACUGUGCCAAAUUUGUAAAUUAAACUUCAUCUUAGGUAUAUAUAUAUAUAUGUACAUACACACACAUAUAUAUGAAAAAACAUAGUGCUGCAUAUAUAGAGUUUGGUACCAUCCACAGGAACGUAUUCCCCACAAUUAAGAGGGGAAAGACUGUAAAAAAAGUCAGGAGUGGAGAAAAAGCCUCUCUCCCAUCUUUAUCCAUCUAUCUAUCAUGUAUAUCUGUCUAUAAAUUCUAGGAGAAAAUCAGACGCCGUCUAGAAUAGCAGCUAAGUGCAGGCUUUAGAACCAGGCCACUGAGUGCUGGCUGGGCCACUCACCAGCUGUGUGUUUGAGCUGUUACUUGACCUCUCUGAGGUUCCUCAUUUUGCAAUGGUAGCAAUGAUGGUUGGAAGAAAGAGAUGACUGAAUAUGUGCAAUGUAUUUAGAACAGUUCUUGGCAUAUAGUAGGUAGCUAUGUCAACAAUUCUUUUUUUGUUUGCUAAAAAUUUUUUUUUUCUUGUGAAUGAAGACAUUGCUAACUUACAUAUGUCAUUUUUAUUUGGAGCAUUUUUUCACCUUGCAGUGCUCCUGAGAAAUUCACAAAUGCAUUAACUUUAUAAAAAACACAAUCUAAUAUUAAGGUUGGGUUGGAAAUUUCCCACAUUUAGGUAUUUCCCUAAAAAUCAAAAGACAAUUGAUCAGUUUUACAUAGAUAAAACUUAAUAAGUAUUUAACUUUUUAAUAAGUUAAAAAGUGAAGACUGCCAAAUAAUCACAAAUGUCAGAACAUUAAAGUAGCAUUUUUUUAUAGGAAUAUAUAAAAUAUAUAUCAUCUAUACUUUAUAUUUACAAAAUUAAAGAUAAAUUUUUGUUGAUGGAAGAGGUUUUAAAUACUUUGCUAUGUGGGAAACUUCAUUAUCUUUAAAAAAUCAGGCUCAAAUGCUUUUAAGUUUGAUGCAUAAUAGUGUUUUCUAAAUAAUUCUCAUUACUCUCCUGUCCCUGAAAACAUAGCUUCCCCCCAAUCUGAUUGGAUAAGUAUUUUGAUAGUUUCUCUACUGUUUUCAAUUAACCUUUAAGAGGUAAAAAGAAACCAAAGGCUUUAUUUGGGGGAAUAUUAUUGGACGUUUUAAUUGGCUAAUUGCAAAGAAGUCAUUUCUUUUUUUCCUAGAGUUUUGUUGCUUAGUUUUGUUUUUUCUUCCUUUCAUUUGUUAAAAGUCAAGAAUGGCAGGAAUGAAAAUUCAGACAAUUUGAUCUCCUAUUAUGGUAAAAUAGUGUUUAAAUUCAAUGGCUGUGUGCAUUUUCUACUACAGUAGAGAGGUUGAAAACCAUUAGGAACGUGGUGAAGAACUAUGGCAGAGAGAUUGGAAUUCAACCAAUAAAUAGAAAUAUUACUGUAGUUAAAAUAUUGCAGUUAAACGCACUGUUAGCAAUGUCCUAUUGCCAGCGUUAGAAUUGUAUGCUUCAUCACUGUCUGCUUACUAAGACGGUUCAGUGAGCAGGUGGUUCAUCCCUGACACAACUAAGUUUCAGAAAAGUGGAUGUGUUUUCUAUGGUUUAGAUCAAGGAACACUUACUAUGCAUACCAGUCAGCUAUAGUUUCAAUGACACAAUGAAAACAUUAGGUACUAUAGAUUUAGGAUAAGAUCAUAAACUUAUUUAUAUAGAAACCAUUUAAUACCAAGCUCUGUGAUGUCUAGCUAUGUAAUCCACCCACAAUAGCUUUUAAACUUGUGUUAAACUAUGGGAUGAGAGGGGGACAGGCUGAUUUGGUCAGAGAGGGAAAUACUAAAAAAGUCAAAAAAGGCAUUUCAAAUGUGAUGACAUACUACCUAAAUACCAAUCAUGCAUAUCUUUGUCAAAUUAAAAACUUUUUACAUAUUCUAUUUCUUAAAAAUAAAGGACCAUGUGUGUUUUUUAACUUAGAAA